GUCCACUCCAAGUGGACACUGUCAUCGCAGCCACCAUAUUCAGAGACGCUGUCUCAGAUCCUUUAUCAAGAUCCUUUCUUUUCUCAGUCCUCAUCGAGCACUUGUAAUCAAUCCACUCCUCAGAUAUCUUCAAAUUCAUCAUCUUCUAAUCUAAGCGUAUCUUCAAUUUUACCGAUUCUCCAUUCACCAGUCACUCGACAUUAUUAUUCAUAUCGUUUGCCACAACACGCUGUAUUAGCACCAGCACCGAUUCAUCACAAGUCCUCUCUGAAUUCAUCGGUUUUUCCUUCACCGUCGUCCCAUUCAUCUUCAUCUACAAACCAUCAUUCACCUACUUUGCAUAACCAUUAUCAUCAUUCAAAAAACAAUUAUCUCAACGGUACUAAUCAAGCUGAAAUGCCACGUAAAGGUUUUGGUUCAUUACGGCGUAUGCCAAUUGUAGUUAUUCCUCGCAAACGUAAAUAUAAGAACUAUGUAUCGAGAAGACGAAACACUCAACUGCUGGCUAGUUUGCGGCGAUGUGUCUCUGAUCCGGUAUUGUACAAAAGUUACAAUCAUUGGAUUGGCUUAAGCCAAGCGUUCUCUAUCGAAAAGGAGCAGCAGCCAGAGGUGACUGCUGAAUUAAUUAAGGAGCCUCAGGUGGAAAAGGUUGAACUACUUCGUAAAGGUAUCACUUCUAAACCAAGCAUCAAAUUAUCACACGAGGUCAUUAAAACCCCUGCUAUUAAUGUCAUACCCGAUGCAUCUGGAGCAGUAGUGAAGAAGAAGUGGGGUGCGAAUUCACGAUACGUUGAUGUCAAUCCAAAGACAGAUUCACAGUCAGAACUCGCUAUUUCAUCAGCACUUCCUAAUGUUGUACCAAUCCCAUCGUUGGUAAACUCUCGGAAUUUUGAGGAAUUAUCAGACACGAGUGCUUCAUCGCUCAGUGCAAAUGCUUCUGCUGCUGCCUCAAAGAGCGCAACAAAAGGUCGAAAUUUAACAACGACCAAACCAAAAAUUUCCCUGUCGAAUCUGAAUGAAGAUGGUGGUAGUUCGUUGAUUCGAAGAAAGGUUUCGAAUCGUGCACGUAAAGAUGAACUUAGCCGAAAAGAAUUCGGUGACUAUGCUAAUCUUGCUGCAUUCUCGAAAGAAUAUGCUGAUAAGGAGGCGGAACGUUCAGCGGAACAAAAGGCCAAGAAGACGGUUACGGCCGUCGCGGCUGCAUUUUCAUCUAACGACACGAAUCGUGAACUAGUCACAACCGCACAACCACUAUCAGCAGCUGGUGUCGAUUCAUUGAAGGAAUCAGCUGGCCAUGAUCAAACUGAGAAGCGUUCAAAAGCUGCACAGGAGAAGGAUGAGAAGAUAAGACGUGAACAACCACUUCUAGUGGCGUCUCAGGCACAUCAGCAUAACACCACCGCCAUUGCGCCACCAAAUUCAUCUCGUCGAGUUAAUAAACCACCACAGUUGUCACAAGCUAAUCUCUUAGCCACUCUUCAACUACCGCCUUCCGUUAGUGCCAAAGUUGAUCGAAUCAUUGCGAGUGCUGAACAGCGUCGACAGAAUGAACGUCGUUCCAAUGCACAUCAACCGAGUGAUCGUGUAGCGAAUCGCCAACCAGGAUCGUCAUCGAAAUCACGAGCGAUCAAUAACACAGUGACAGCCGCAGCAACACCAUCGAGCUCAGUGACUGCUUCAAUACCCCGAAUAGCGAUUCAAGAUGAUCGUGAUGGGCACUUGAUUUACAAAGACGGUGAUGUCAUUCAUGGUCGCUAUGAAAUCGUUCGAACGUUGGGUGAAGGUACCUUUGGUAAAGUCGUACAGGUGAAGGAUAACGAGGAAGGUACCAAAGAAUAUGCAUUGAAGAUUAUCAAAAAUGUUAGUAAAUAUAGAGAGGCAGCUCGACUCGAAAUCAAUGUCCUGAAGAAAUUACAAGAAAAAGAUCCUCGUGGUGCUUUCUUGAUAAUCCAACUUCUCGACAAUUUCGACUAUCAUGGCCACAUGUGUCUCGUAUUUGAACUGCUUGGUUUGAGUGUGUUUGAUUUUAUGAAAGCAAACGAUUAUCAAGCGUAUCCGAUGGACCAAGCACGUUUCAUUGCAUAUCAAUUGUGUUAUUCAGUCAAAUUCAUGCACGAUCAUCGACUGACGCAUACCGAUCUUAAACCUGAGAACAUUCUCUUUGUUAGUAGUGAUUACAGGUGA